UAACUUUCAUCAUAUAACCAGAGUACUCACCAGAAGUUACUACUUUCGGAUGUGGCAAGCCACAUAAGGUGUUUGAUUUAUCGCUGAUGUGUGUGUAUGAUACGGGCAUAUCUGGUACUAUAAUAAGAUGUAGAACUGGAUCACAUCUUCAGAACUGUGAAUUUCAUUCCUGUCCAGCCGGUACUGUUAAAUGCCCAAGAAGUUACUGUAUACCAUUGAGAUUUGUCUGUGAUGGCAAGGAACAUUGUCCAAAUGCUGAAGACGAAUAUGAAUGCGGUUGUAGCGAUUCAGAACGUGAGGUGAUAAUACUACGUCACGAGGAUAAUAACGCCAGAGGGCCUGACAUAUUGGAACUUGCGAGACAACUUCACUCUUCAAGUGGCAUUAUUAGAAGUCUUGGCUAUACACUUGAAGGAGGGUUACAAGGAAUUCCUUUUAAUCACGCUGUUUUGAAAAUCACUGAAAAAGAAAUAAGGCCAACUGAACAUAUUGAUAGGGGUUACACGUGUAUCUACAAAGCUUUAGCAAAUGAAUACAUGGAUCUUGUACAAUUUACAAAGAAGACAUCACGUAGUUUGAUAUUUAUUCAAAACGAUAAUGAAUCCUACACAGUUGCUAAUUUGAUGUUUUCGAGGACAAUGACGACUUUGCAUGACUUUGACGUUUAUAGAAUUUUAGAAGGUGACAACAGUAUAACAUCAAAAGACCAAUAUCCAUACGUCCAAGAUAUAUAUGUUAAAAACUGGAACAUAUUGUCAACAAUGGCUGUGCGAUAUUUACCGAAGUUGUGCAAAGGUAAUAUAUAGCCUCGUAUCAAUUGUAUAUACUCAGUUGCAAAAACAGU